CCAUGGCCGAGCCCGCUGCAGGGGCCAGGCAGCGCCCGCCGCCCGCGGGGCGCAGGAGGUGACGGACUCCUCAUGAGAGCCCCCGGCAGGUGCUCGCGGGACGCCGGCGAUCGCUGUGCGCUGAGGCUGGCACGGAGACAUGAGUGGCAGCACGAGCCAGCGCGCCGCCGCCCUGGGGGUCCUCUUUGCCCUGAUCAUGUUGCUGAUCAUCUACAGCUCCGGCAACGGGAGCGAGGUCUUCCCCUACAGCCGCCUGCGGGGCAGAGCCCGCCGGCCCCCCGACCUCAAGAAGUGGGGGGUGAAAAGCGGGUACCUGCCUGUCUGCGGGAACAAGACCCUGACUGCCCGCUGCCACCAAUGCGUCAUUGUCACCAGCUCCAGCCACCUCCUGGGCACCCACGUGGGCACGGUCAUCGACGGGGCUGAGUGCACCAUCCGCAUGAACGAUGCUCCCACCACAGGCUACAAUGCUGAUGUGGGCAACAAGACCAGCUUCCGCGUGGUGGCCCACUCCAGCCUCUACCGUGUCCUCAAGCGGCCCCAAGAGUUCGUCAACAAAACCCCAGAGACCAUCUUCAUCUUCUGGGGGCCGCCCACCAAGAUGCAAAAGAGCCUUCUGAAGAUCAUCCAGCGCGUCUGCGCCUCGUUCCCCAACAUGACAGCCUACGUCGUCUCCCCCGGCCGCAUGAAGCAGUUUGAUGACCUGUUUCGGGGGGAGACAGGGAAGGACAGGGAGAAGUCUCGCUCGUGGCUCAGCACCGGCUGGUUCACCAUGGUGAUCGCGGUGGAGCUGUGCGACGCCAUCCACGUCUAUGGCAUGGUGCCACCCAGCUACUGCGGCCGCCACCCCCCACCCCGCCGCCUGCCCUACCACUACUACGAGCCGAAGGGCCCCGACGAGUGCACAACCUACAUCCACAACGAGCGGAGCCGCAGGGGCAACCACCACCGCUUCAUCACUGAGAAGAGGGUCUUUGCCAGCUGGGCCGGCCUCUACAACAUCACCUUCUCCCACCCCACCUGGACCUAGGGGCUGCCCCAUGCCUGCUGGGCAGACCCCUGCAGCUGGGAUGGAUGGGAGUGGUGGGAUCCUGGCAUCAGACGCCACCAGCUGCCUCCCACAGGACCACUGCUGUUGUGCGUGGUGGCUCCUUGCACCUGGGAUGUGUUGGGUUUUUGAGCUGUUUUUUGGGGGCCAGGUGGUGAAUGUAAGAUAUGGGGUGUGCCCCCUCCAUGUGCAGGAUAUUUGGCCAUGAUAUCCUGCCCCAUCCUGGUCCAUGCACCUUGCAGCCCCUGUGAGGCUGUAAGGGGGUUCCAGGACUCCUCGGCUCAGUUUUGGUUUGCACCACUUCUGGGGUCUUUCCCCUAACGGUCUGGGUGAGGAGACCCCCUCUUGGAGCUCAGCCCCCCCCACCAUCCCCAGCCCCACAUCCCAGUCCUCAGUCAUGCUUC